AGGACGUUUCUUUAUUUCGUUUAUUUGUUUAGUUUGUGUUUACGUGUUUGACAGAGCAGAAAAUGAAAGUAAACCACUGCUGGAAAGUGGUCGCUCUGUUCUACUUCCUUUUGCGGGAACCAAUGGUGUUUCCCAGAACUGCCGCAUCUCCCUCCCAGGGGUGUCACGCUGGCGUGUGACACUAAUUUCGCUGCAUAAGCUCGUCUGCUUACAGUACCACUGAAAAUUUCAGCAGGGUAGUGUGAGGUAGGACGGCGGCGCUAAUGAUCCGCAGGACCGUCCAACAUUCCGCAACACCUCCUUUCCACCCGACACCUGCUAGGCUACUGUACUGGAACCACCGAGAACACCGUGCAUACCUCCUUUCGUAAGUAUUUGAAAGAAACGACUUCGCUUAUAACCGCUAACUCUUUCCGUCAGACUGUAGAUGCGCUCAUAACUUAAUUAGCAAUCAUAUGACAGUCCCGGGAAAGUAGCCUGGCAAUGAUUUUCAGUGUCGGUUUUAGUUUUCGCAUGGAUCCUUGCUCAGUUUAAACCGCUAAAAAUAGCAUACCGAUUACGAUGGCCGUUGCUUUGACAGUUUUGUCAUGAACUAGGCGUAUUUUAGUUUUACUUUUUUUUUUUUUUUAAACUAUAAUUUUAUUUAUUUAUUUAAAAUCAGCGGUAGGGGGAGUCGAAGCGCUUUUGCGUGGAUGAAGUUUGCAGUGAAUCAGCUUGUUUCUUGUUUUCGGCUUUUAUGCCUGAUGAAUAGAACAGCCAGAACAAUAAAGUAAAUAUCUGGAAAAGACACUACACAGCGUCACAAAAAUAACGGUGAACUUUCCCAUUGUUUCAUUUAGGCCACGUGAUGUGUAUUAGCCAGCGCACGAACACAACGAUAAGCAGGCUCUCGAUUCGAAGGUUAGUAACUAGCCUAUAGGCUAUAUGGCUUGCUCUAAGUAUUUGUUUAUUUUUUCCUGAAGUUGUAGGCUAGUUUACUGAAAUAACCCACCUGUCAGUUGUAAACCAGACUCUUCAACGAACGAGUGGCUGUUGUUCCGAGUUUUGCUGUUUGUCUUGAUGGAGAACUAGGAUAAUUACCCAUGCUGUUAUGGAAACGAAAGAAACAUUUGCAGGUGCUGUAUGGUUGUAUUCGGGCUGACUGCAAACUGAAUAAUGCUGCGGUAUGUCCAGGAGUAUUUUGUACAUUGCAAUACAAAAACCUGUAGCCUAUUUAAACAAACACUGAUUAAAUUGUGUUGGUAGCAACAAAUCCGUUUUAUUUGAUUUUAUUGAUAACACAUAGCCUACUAUAAUCUGCGCAUGGGAACGGGUCAUUAUAAGAACUCAGUCAUCCGUUCAUUUUUAAAGUGGCUUUAGUAUUCGGCUUUCGGUCCUAUCUUUUCUUUAUUGGGGAACUGUAGUCCAAGAGUGGACUAUAGCCUAUGUUAUUACCUAGACAGUAUCCACGCAAACACAAAACUACCGCUGCACUUUACGGUGUGGCCUAACUUUUGUAAAAACCCCUGAGUUACAAAUGACUCUUGUGCACGAACCAAUUGCUUGAUUGCGUUGUAUUUUAAAUGUAGCCUAUUAGAAAUAACUCAUUAUGUAGGGCUACUGCAUAUCGUCGUUUGACAAACGUAUUCCGUAAUUUUUCAGAAACAAUAACAGAAAUCAUAGUCUGCCUAACUGUGCGAAAUUCUCUUUAGGAUGACUUUAGGAUGAAAAGGUCGGUCUUAAUCCCCGGGUCCUGGGAACCUUUCUUACACGCUGACCCUCGAAUCUCUGUCACCAAAUAUCCCCGACCCUAAAACUUUGAUUUCUCAUCCUAUUAUUUCGCCUCGCUCUCGUGAACAUCUGGGUGGUUUCCCCGAGCGUGAGACAUUCCAGAAUCUCAUAACGAUAUCGACUCCCACCCCCUCAAAAACCUAGUUUGUCCGAUUUGCAUGUUUUGGAACCCCCGAUUACCUUACUCCUUGAGUGGAUUGGCCAACGAGACUGUCAGUCAUGGGGUAUGGGCGGGGCGUAGGUAACAGGGCCGCGAAAGGGGAUCCGUGGGCGGUGCUGCUGUCAGAACUGUUCCUCAUUCUUGUCAAAAUUGGCUGGAGCGGAGUCGCUUAUCCGCGGGUAAGCGAGUGUUUUACUUUUUGAGACACCCGCAGCUGUCUGCGUAUAACAAAGGGAGAGGACUGGCAAGUUACAUUCGUCCAGCAGCGCAUUUGACGUGAAGAUUUGCACUUGCCGCUUUUUUCCUUUUGCAAAGGUUGUCAGAUGGAUAAUAAGAGAAAGGAAGCUAACCAUUUUGUUGUGGGCUCAUUUGAACAGAUAAAGCCGCACAUUCCAGAAUCGGUAUUUUAAUUUUCCACGAGCACGGGGGUCUUGUAUCAUCUGAUAAUUGUUUUUUCCUCUGUGCGGAUGGGAGCACCGACAUACGGUUUCAAGACAGCACAUAGUUUUCAAGCUUGCCCGGAAAAAGACUUGUUGCACGAGAGACGCCUCACGGGAAUCGAUCAUCUGUGCUCGUGCCUUUGUGCGUAACCGUGAUCAAAAUUGCAGUUGCCACGAAAUAUGUGUGCGUGAGUUUUGUUCUGCUUGAGGAAGUUCGGAAAGUUGGACAGGAUGCGGUGGGAGAAGAUGAGUGAAUAACUACCGAACAGACAGUGUGGAAAGCAGGCAAUACAAUUGGCUCACAAACAGAUCGUCUCACAGCAAUUUAAAAAAAUUUCUGGAAUUAUUGCUGUGCAAACUGACACGCCCGAGGACAGAUGUGCAACAGCGUUCUUAAAUUUAAAUUUUGCGAGUGUUCCAUUAUAUAGACUAGCGAAAUAUAUAUAUAUAUAUUUACAUGGCACUCCCCGAAGAACAACCGGCGCAGACUUGUGUUGUGCAGCUAACAUUCUUCAAUUGAAUAAGAAAAUACAUCUUUUUUCCACCCUAUUUAUUGCUUCUUGACCUUCUCGCGAUGUCGGAGCGGCAGUGCUAUGGGGACGGACUGUGCGAAGACGGAGCCCCCGAGUUCCACCCCGGGAGAGCGUCCAGGGCUGGCAGGCGAAGCGGGGUCAUCCUCCCCGUGGCCGAGCGCCCGAACCCCGGCUGCCAGGAUUCCGAGACGAUCCUCUUGGACGCCGUGAAGGCGGCGCCCAGACGGAGCAGCAUCAUUAAGGACCCGUCGGCGCAGAAGCCGGCGGGCGGGCGUAAGAAGACGGUGUCGUUCAGCAGCAUGCCGUCGGAGCGGAAGGUGAGCAGCGCGGCGGACUGCCUGGCCUUCAUGCAGGGCGGCUGCGAGCUGCGCAAGGUGCGGCCCAACGCGCGGCUGUACUGCCGCUUCUACACGCUGGACGCCGAGCACGCCUGCCUGCGCUGGGAGCCGUCCAAGAAGGACGCCGAGCGCGCCCGCCUGGACAUCGCCGCCAUCCGCGAGGUGCGCGCCGGCAAGAGCACCGACACCUUCCGGCACCACGGCCCCGCCGAGCACCUGGCCGAGGAGGCCGCCUUCUCCGUCAUCCACGGCGAGGGGUACGAGUCGCUGGACCUGGUGGCGCUGUCCGCCGACGUGGCCAACAUCUGGGUGACGGGGCUGCGCUUCCUGCUGUCGCACCCGGCGGCGCUGGGCGGGGUCGGCGUGGGCGGCGGCGGCGAGGGGUCGGAGGAGGGCGGCGCCGCCGGCGUCCGAAUGCGAGCCGACUGGCUGGCCGCCGAGUUCGCCAAGGGCGACGAGGACGGCUACGGCAUCGUGCCCGAGGACGUCGCCGUGGAAACCAUCUGCAGGCUGUGCCCGAGGAUGAAGGAGGCCAAGGUGCGUCUCCGGUUCAAGGAGAUCCAGCGCAGCAAGGAGAAGCUGACGUCCCACGUGACGCUGGAGGAGUUCCAGGAGGCGUACUGCGAGCUGUGCACACGCCCCGACGUCUACUUCCUGCUGGUGCAGCUGUCCAAGGACCGGGAGUGCCUGGACGCGCAGGACCUGCGGCUGUUCCUGGAGACGGAGCAGGGCCUGUCGCAGGCCACGGCCGAGGGCUGCCUGGACGUGGUGCGGCGGUUCGAGCCCUCGGACGCGGGCCGCGAGCGGGGCCUGCUGGGCCUGGACGGCUUCGCCCGCUACCUGCAGUCGGCCGAGUGCCAGCUGUUCGACCCCGAGCACCAGCGCGUGUGCCAGGACAUGAGCCUGCCCCUCCCGCACUACUACGUCAGCGCCUCCUACCGGUCCUACCUGCUGGAGGACCAGGUGCACGGGCGCGCCGACCUGGGGGGGCUGACGCGGGCCCUGCAGGGGGGGUGCCGCUGCCUGGAGCUGGGGGUGACCGACGGGCCGGACGGGGAGCCCCUGCUGGGGGUGGAGCACAGCCCCGGCCCACAGCUCCACCACCACCACCACCACCACCACCCGCCCCCCGUCACCCUGCGCAGCGCCCUGGAGGUCAUCAACAAGUACGCCUUCCUGACCUCGGAGUACCCCCUGCUGCUGUACCUGUGCCAGCACUGCAGCCCCCCCCAGCAGGUCACGCUGGCCCAGCACCUGCGCAAGGCCUUUGGGCCCCGCCUGUACGUCCCCGAGCCCCCGCACAGGGCCCGCCCGUGCGCCCCCCCGCCCCCCAGCCCCGAGCAGCUCAAGGGCCGGGUGCUCCUGGUGGGCAAGAAGCUCCCCCCGGAGGAGGAGGGGUCGGAGGGGGAGGUGUCCGAGGACGAGGAGGAGAUCGGCGGGGGCGGGCCCCUGGCGGGCCGGCGCAUGACCAUCCCCGGGGAGGAGGAGCUGGGCGUGGUCCUGGUCGUGCCGCCGCCCCCCCAGCCCCGCAGGCUCCGCCUCCGCCGCGAACUCUCCGCCCUGGUGGGCGUGGCCAGAACCGGCAGCCGCCUCUUCUACGCGCAGCGGUCCCCGCAGCCGCAGGGCUCCCCGCCCGGGACCCCCGGCAGCCCCGCCCCCCAGGACCCGCCCUUCUGGACGCUGUGCUCGCUGGGCGAGGGCGAGGCGGGCCGGCUGGCCAACGAGGCGCCGGAGGAGCUGGUGGGCUUCACCAAGCGCACGCUGACCCGGGUGCGACCCAGCUCCGUGCGGCUGGACUCCAGCAACCCCAACCCGCAGGGCUGCUGGCGCGGCGGCUGCCAGCUGGUGGCGCUCAACCAGCAGACGGCGGGCGCGAUGCUGGACCUGCACCGGGCGCGCUUCGCGCAGAACGGCGGCUGCGGCUACGUGCUGCGCCCGGCCGUGAUGCGCGAGGAGGUGUCCUACUUCAGCGCCCGCACGCAGGGCUGCGUGCCCGGCGUGCCCGCCCAGACGCUGCGGGUGAAGGUCAUCGGCGCCCACGGCCUGCCCAAGCCGCAGGGCUCCGGGUCCAAGGGCGAGGUCAUCGACCCGUACGUGGUGCUGGAGCUGCACGGCGUGCCCGCCGACUGCGCCGAGCAGCGCACGCGCACCGCCGCGCAGAACCAGGACGACCCGCUCUUCGACGAGACCUUCGAGUUCCAGGUGAACAUGCCGGAGCUGGCCCUGCUGCGCUUCGUGGUAUUGGACGAUGACUACAUCGGGGACGAUUUCAUUGGCCAGUACAGCGUGGCGUUCGAGUGCCUGCAGCCCGGCUACCGCAACGUGCCGCUGCUGGACGCCUCGGGCGAGCCCCUCCCCCACGCCAGCCUGUUCGUCCACGUGGCCGUCACCAACCGCCGGGGCGGGGGCAAGGCGCACCGACGGGGGCUGUCCGUCAGGAGGGGGGCGCGGCGGGGGCGGGAGUACGUCACCCUGCGCAACACGGGCGUCAGGGCGCUGGACGACACCUUCCGCCCUGCGGGGGCGCCGCUCCGGGAGGCCGCCGACCUGCGGGAGGACGCGCAGAAUGCCACGGUACAUUUCAAAGAGCAGUGUGGGCUCCCCCCGGUGGCCAAGCUGAAGCAGUGCAUCCAGAGCCUGACCACUCGGCUGCAGACUCCCGAGGGGCCGCUGGGGGCCAGCCUGGCCAUGAGGGAGGGGUACCCCUGUCUGGAGCCGCUGGGCCCCCUGCCCGACGGCACCCGCAAGCUGCUCAGCGCCUACGACACGAUGAUCUCGGCUCACAGGCAGCUGGUAGAGAACGCUGACAGCGUGCAGGAGAAGAUCGCCCAGGUGCAGAGAGAAGGGAUGGAGUUCCAUGAGGACCUGCCCAGGCUGGUGGAGAAAGAGGGACUGAAGGGACGCAAGCAGAGCAAAGCGCUGGAGAGUUUCGCCUGGAACAUCACCGUGCUGAAGGGACAGAGUGAUCUGCUGCGUGGGGCUAAGAUGGACGCCCUGGACGCUAUGAGGCAGCUGGCCCUGGCCUGCGAGGCUUUCGGCCUGACCCCCACCCAGGACCCGCACGGCGCCCCCCAGCCCGCCUCGGACCUGGGCACCUACACCACCCACCCCGCCCACACCGUCCACACCAGGAGGGGCAGCACCCAGGGGAACGGCCGCAUCUGAUCCCUCCCCCACCCCACCCCCACCCCCUUUCAAACGGGACAAUGGACAGGACAGGGGCCGGUGGAGUCCCCCCUCUCUCUCUCUCUCUCUCUCUCUCUCCGUUCUCUAACAGCGUGGACGAGUCUGCUGACUGUAGGACAGCACUGCGGUCCAAACGCCAGGGUGGAGCAGUUUCUGUGCUGCUGGUUUUAAAGUGUCUUUUACCCUCCGUGGACCUGCACAGAAACUGGCUUUUUGGCCCCAAAAUGCGCAUCAAACGGACAUGUUUGUGACGGUACUACAUGAGCACGAUGGAGGGAGAGAGUAGAGGGGACUCAGACCCACUUGCGGGUGGAUGCUGGGAAUAAGCGGCUACUGUGUGACUGUGUGAACAGGCUCCAGGCCACUGCCCAGCUGCAUUAAGAUCAGGCUGCUGGACACGUUCAGAGCUGUGACUGCGACUGUGGUGUUGGUUUAGCCUCCCUCAACGCUCGGGAACAGCGUUCUGUAAAUGUUGCCUGAAUGUUGUCCGAACGUUGCUGUAAUGGAACCACAGAGUGAAUAUCACAAUAACGAGGGGGGCCUCUGGACAUUUGAAGUGGAAGCGGGACGACUCCCAAUUUAGGGGACGCUUACCAUGCCCUUUGGGGGGACACCCUUACAAUCGACAUUGAGCUGAAGUGUACGGGUCAACUGUGAGACUGUGCGUGUGCCUGUACAGCUGUGUAUGUACUUACUGUACAGAGUGGAGUGUGCAAAGGUGGAUUAGUCUCUGCUACAGAUGUUACUCUAUGACUGUAAUAAACUAGAGGCCUGGUAGGGGAGGCUAGUUGUAAAUAUUAUUUUGCCCCAAUAACUGGUCCUGGGUCAGCUAAAGGUGUUUUUAAAUGGCGAUUAGGACCGUGAUUAUGGUGGGGUAGUUGCUGGCGAAGGGCUGUGGCAUCUUCAAACGGGACAUGAUGUCAUACUGUCCCACCUGGAUACCUGGCCCCUCCUUUUUUUUUUUUUGUUGGCCAUGUCUAUCGUAGCUGUCACUCUGAGUAAGUGGCCUGUGCAGGUACUGUAACCGAAUCUGAGACGGGCCGGGGCGUGCGUUUCCCCUUCGACUGACCUCUUUUAAGGAGGUGAAACACGAGCGCUGUAGCCCCCCCCUCGCCCCCCCCCUCCAGCCCUCCAGCCGAAAUGGGUCGAGCAGCUCAGGAGUUAUGAGUUCUGAGGGUCAACGUUGACGUCCGCACUGAAACAUUCAUGAGGGGCCGCCAACAUGAGGACAUGGUGUAUUACACGGCUAACAUGACAAUACGGUGUGGUACACCGGCAGGCUUGUUUACCAGCUUGCUGUGUGUGCUCACAGGAAACGGCCUCACUGCCGUAGCUGUGGGUUUGCGGGGGGUGGGAGGACAUGCCACCGCCCCAAUAUUUUCGUGUGAAUUAAUUGCCAGAUUAGCUAGCCUCGCUUGAGAGACUUAACAUCUGGCUGUGUGAGAUUUAAGUGGCCAGGCAGUGUGGCUCCUCCAAAGUUGAAACGAAAUGAAAGUCUGUGCAGAUAUGCAGUUUGAAUGUGUGGUGUACACUGCAAAAAAUGUCUUAUGUCUUAACAAGUGUUUCAGUCUUGUAAUGAGACUUUUUCUUCAUCUUUUUUUUUUAGCUUGUUUUAAGUUGCGUGACAAGUGAAAUUGUCUUACCCCGUUGGCAAAUCUUGAAAUGGGUAAAACUGUCAUGUCAUUGCCAAUCUUUUUGUCUUAUUUAACAAAGAAAUAAUAGAAAUAAGAUUGUAAGUCUAAAUAUAAGACUAAUAUACUUGUAAAGAUUGACUUAUUUCGUUUUUGGCAGUGUAUGUAGAAUGUGGAUUCAAAUGUUAACUGGGACUGUUGAGUUACCCACAAUGCCUCAGUACGGAUACAGAAUCUUAAAUUCACAUAUUCCACAGCCAAAUUAAUGGCUGAAUUAACCCGCGAUGCUACAUUGCUCACUUUAAUAUUUUCACGCACUAGGUGUUAACUGACACUUCCCGUAUACUGGUCAUGGGCCCACCCGCACAGACUGAGGUCGCUGAAUGUGUCUGUCAACUACGCUGUACGUCACCGAAAAGAAGCCAAUGCAGAUAUGGCCACAUAUUAUAGCUUCCGUUCUCAGUGCACCGUAAACAACGAUUAAAUUAAUUUACUUUUCUGUAGCUGCUUACAGACUAACAUACGGAAGAAUUAACCUGCAGACCUGUCCCGUGUGUUACUGCCAAUUUUUCAAAUUAGAUUAAUAACGAGAAUUCAGAUUGUGAACCUGAACCGUCAAAAGCCAAGGAUCAAAGAUCGGUCCAGUAGCUAUGUGGUAAAGCAUUAAAACGAGCAUUAAACAUUCUGAAACCUGCAGAAAUACGCCUCUUUCCUGACUAGCGUUUUAUGACUGACUGGCGGCCAUCUUGAAAAAUGGCUGCCAUUGCUGUUAUAGGGAAAACCGAACUACGCUAGCCCUUGAGCUGAGUCACGGCCUACCUGGGGAAGACUUCAAUGCCAGAAAAAUGGCGGGGGUGGGGGGGGCAGAACAUCAAAUUAUUAAUUAGUGUUACUCCUCCGUAAUAAACGCUUCUACCGUGUGACUGCUCCUGAGACUUUCUUCCGUAAUAAAAGCUGAAGCCCAAUUGGCUUAAAUGACAGGAAGUGAACAUGGCCUUGCUACGGGAAACAAUUGAUUCAAUGGAAGGUAAAAAGUGCAUUUUCUAAUGUAGGCUUGCAACUUCUUUGCUGAUGUUCUUCUGUGGAUUUGUAGGAAAACCAUUGUUAAAUAUCAAGAAAUGUUCUUCCCCUCUGUCCGACUGUCUGUUGCUUUACCUGGUUUUAAGUAUAUUCUCUAGGCCAUUGCUAUCCUCCAUCUUUAUUUUUCAUCCUUAGUCUCAUCCGCCUAUCUCCUCUGUCCCUCUCCCUCUGUUCAUUUUGCCCCUUGUUUGCGAAAGUAGACCUUCGGGAUUGUAUUUGUCGUCCAUUAGAAUUACCAAAGAGCUUGGCCGGAUAUCUCUUCGCGAGGUAGACUUCCUGGUGUUGAGUUGCAGGCGAUGGGUCCACUGAAUCAUACCUGCACUGAAAGGUGAACCGCGACCGUUUCGGCGCCGCCUGUUUGUUUGUGUUGUUUAACAAUCGACGAGUGAUCAUGGCAAGACGCGACGCUGUGAGCGGUGAGCACUUGUGCUUCAGCGACCUAAUUGUAAUUCCAGUGCCGACCCAGUUUCUCGGGAAUUGAUUUUCACAAAUCGGGCCUCCCACCCGACCCUACCGGGGGAUCCACUUACCUGGUGCGGGGCCACUUUUAAAUAUUUAAUUGUCAACAUUUCUGUGAGAAGCCGGUAUUGCCUUUCGUUGUUCCGGUGUAGGCCUACAGUUAGAAGUCAGAGUUGAAGACUCGGCAAUUCAGCGGUAGCCUAUUCGGUGACAAGACUGAACGGCAGGCAGCAUUACUGUCGGCACUUUAAAGGACGGCAAAUCCGUCGUGUUAGACCAGCUGUUGUGUCAGUUACGUGAGCUCUGCAGUAUUGUAAUCCUCUCCUGGUACUUCGCCAUAGUGUGCAGUUAUUAACCCGCGUGUCUUAAUUAGUUCUGCUGUCCUCCCUGUGGCUAUCGUACUCAGCGCGGUGUGGGCGUACGCCUGUCAGUCUCUUUCUGCUUACUUUUGAACUAAUCUUGAAUUUUUAUUUUAUUCUUUGUCAUGUUGUCAUUGUUUAAAAAAAAAGUAUUUAUUGAAAAUGACAACUGUGUUAAAAAAAAAACGAAGGGAAAAUGACAAUGGCAUUGCUUUUAUUUUAAAAAGCCAGUUUGUAUUCUAUUUGAUUAACAAAUGUACCAGAUGUGACCCUGACUAAAUAGAACUAUCUUUUACGGCAAGUGUCUCUGUGUGUCCUUUUUUCUGUUUUUCACUGUUACUUUUUUCUUCCGCCAACUUGUGGGUCUUUGUCUGGGUCUGUUGCAAAGUAACAGAGCAAGUUAUUUAUACAGGUGAGCCUCAGUGAGAUAAAAAUAUAUUUUUCAAGAGAGACGUGCUCGACCAAUUAACCAGUGCUACGUCUUCUCAGACUUUAACUUUGCUUUCCUUUACAUAAUUUUUUUUUUUUUUAAUUACCCGUAAACACUGUUCCUGUAACGCCGAACUACUAGAAAAAUAAUAAUAAUACAAACGAACAAAGAAAUACAUGUUUAAAUGUGUUUAAAAAUUAAUAGUAGCCUAUGAGUAUUUUGAUUUAUUUUUAGUAGCCUAAAUCUAUUGGAUGUAUAAUUUGUGUAAUGCUUCAGGACAGCAACUUAAUUUGACUUCUUUAUCAACAACGAGUUUUCCCCCCUGUACAAUUUAAGUUUAGAAUUUACGAAGAAACUAUUAAUUUUGUUCAUUCGCCAGCAGAUGGUGAUAUAUCACAAGACACGAUUUUUUAGGCACUCAAAAACCUUGAAUUGAGUUAGUCGUAAACAAUUCAUUUUUGCUUCUAAAAUAGAAACCGAAAUUAUGGAAACUAAAUAGACAUUUUUUUUCUCAAAUAAAAUGAACGACGUAAUUGUUCUGUUUACUAAAGUCAAUUAAAAUGUCUUUCCUUAUCAUUUUGCUGUAAUUUGCCAUAAAUAUUGCACAUGGAUUUUAAAACGGUAGAGCAAACACCAUACUCAAAUGCAGCCGUCAUAAUCGUAACCUGUUUAAUCAAAAACGUAUCACCCGUAUUUAUCAAAGUGAUUCUGAAUAAAAACCUAGGCCGUCUGCAGCGUAACUCAUACGAAAAGACAGGCGGUGAUGCUAAGGCAAAGCCGCAGUAUAUAAACUCUUAACCGUUUCCUACAGAAUCUGUACAAUUGGGUAAAUAAAAUAACAGAUCAUAGACUGUAGCCAUGGCGAUAUAUUUUAGAAUUGUUAACCUAGACUACAAGGGCAGGGGAGGUUGACACAUUGUCAUUUCAAACCAAAAAUCUAGUAAUCUAAAAUGUUAAAUAUUCGUUUUUCUUGAGAGGCUGCCAGUUUGCUUAUACUGGGAUCUGACAAACAACCACACGGCAACGGCAUACCGAAAAGGGUGAACGUUUAUAGUUGUUUAAUUGAGAAUUAUUUUUGUUCUGACUUUCUAAACCUACUGCAUUUCUGCUGUGUAGCCUAUUCAUUGUUUUUUUGUUUUUGUUUUUUUGACUCACUCUUGGCCAUGGUCAUGUAGUCUGCGGAACACAAAAUAAUUAUUUUAUAAUUGUCUUGUGAAGUACCUGUUCCCAGCUGUUAGCCUAGGCCCUACUCAGUUGUGUUUCUGACGUUAGCCACGUCAAUGGUUUAUUUUUUAGGCUCAUAAAGUAGGUCUGUUCGGUCUUGGUCUGGGAAUACAUAAAAUAUAUGGUCUAUUUUGACGCAUUACCGUUUUUAGAAUUCAGUUGAUCAACAACGGCGACCAUUGUCAUGCCAGUUAAACAAUAAUUUCUCCUUCAACAAAUGCCAUUGACCAUUUUGUUUCUUAUAGCUCUGUUUAAGACUUUUAGUAUUUUGGUCAUUUUCUCCGUUAGGAGCAGGUUAGGCACUAUGUGAAAUUUAUCAGAUAUGUACCUUGCCAACACACCUUGCUCAUUGUGUCAUUCUCUAGAUCGGGGGUUUAAGGCUUUAAUGAUCAGAAAAGCACCACCCAGGCUCAAAGGCAUCAUGGGGGACCCCCGUUAUAAGUCAAAAAGGGUUAUAUUAAA